AUGCUGCGCUUUGGAUGCGACAGUCUUCCGCCGGCGCUCGGGAGCACAGCCAAGAUCCCCGUGCGCUACCCAACUCUGCGCAAGCACCUCGGGCUCGACCGCGACCACAUCAUCGCGUACCUGGUCGAGAGGCCCUGCGUGUUCCGACACAUGCAGAUGGCCUGGGACAAGGCCACCAGCUUGUGUGCAUACUGCAAGCUGCAGGAGCACCUCAAGCCGGUGGCCGUCCAGGAGGCCAAGGCCCUCAUAUUGGCCACAACCAAGAAAGCCAUCGACCUUGGUCAAUUUGUGCACUUCUUGCGCAGCCGCGCAGGAGUCCACCCAAUCCUGCUGGAUCACUACGCAAACAUGACCACGCUGGCAGGUCAUCCCCUGUACCGCAAGCUCAGCCUGAGCCUUUAUCACAGCAUUGGGCUCCGCUGGCAGCUGUGGGCCCAUGGCAUCUGCGUCCUUCUUGUCAACAAGGCAUAG